CAAGCAACCAAUCGACACAGGAGAACAAGCCCGAUUCCCACCAUGUCCUCGUUCAAGAUGACGCCCUUGCUAUGGGGCUUCAUUCUACUCUUCCUCUUUGCCAGACCUGCCCAUGCCUUUGGAGCUGGUAACAUUGCGGGUAUAUCCAAGGUCGAAGGACAGAACUGGCGCCAUGGUGACAUCGAGGAUACUCUGCUAAAGAUCUUGAUGGCCCGAUCUGUGGGCGGCAAGAAGUUUGAUAAGCUCAUGGUCUCUCGUACCUACUUCGGCAACUGGCUCCGAGAUUACUCCCAGGCCAUCGACGUGGGCACCGUCAAGUCUGUUUCCGCCGAGGCCAUCCGUCUCCUGCUCUGCAUUCUCGGCUUCUUGACCUUCGGUUUUGGCUCGCGCGAGUUCGAGGUCACGGCUGAACGCCUGGGCUGCUACCGGCCUGAAGAUCAUAUCGACAACCCCAAGAACUACGCGGAUAAUCUAGAUGCCCGCCAGUAUGAUCGUCGCCUGCGCGGUCCGGUUGAUGAGCGGGUCGAGCUGGCCAUUGAUCCAGAGACGGGCAUGAAGAAUUACAUUGCGAAUGAGCGUGCCAACAUCAUGACCAGCGCCCUGCACGUCAGACGUCUGUUCACCAAGUGUAUUCAGCUGGGACGACAGUAUUCUCGCGGGCACAGGAAGGAGGACUUGUACGAAGCCCUUCGCCUGAUGGGCACUGGCCUUCACUGUCUGGAAGACUUUCUGGCGCACAGCAACUACUGUGAGCUUGCUCUCAUCGAGAUGGGAGAGCACGACGUGUUCCCUCACGUGGGCCGCAACACCCGCAUGCGCCUCCGCGGUGCGCGCAGCGAAGUCUACCCCUGCGUGACCGGGACUUUUGGCGGCGUAGACUUCCUGCAUUCCGUGACGGGCGAGGUCUCCGAUAAGCUGACACAGAACGAGAUCGACGAGCUCGAGGGCACGCUGCAGCAGAGCUCGAAUAGCGACACCAGCAUGCUGCGCAACCUGCUCGACAUGAUCCCCAGUGGCCUCUUCGGAGGCGACGAUAAGAAGGACAAGAUGGAAGAGCUCCAGAACAACGCCAACGCGGCUCAGAUGCAGAACACGACCAUCUCGCCCCGCGAGCCCGAGGAGUACACGCUCUACAUCAAGAACAUCUUCAAGCAAAUCAUGCCUGCUAUUGAGUUCCAUGACGAGAUCAUCCAGAAGAUCUCCGAGGAGAUCGAGAAGAUACCUAUAUUGCCCAAGAUGAUCGAGCAGCUUGAGGACCAGCUCUCCGUGUUCGUCUUCUCGCUCAUUGCGCCUUUCAUUGUCCCUGUGAUCAACCAGAUCAAGAACGAGCUGCGCACCGGCUCUGAGGAGAUCAUCCAGAGCAGCCAGAACGAGCAGCUUAUCGUGUUCAACGAUGAUCACUGCAGUGACCCUACGCACUCUAUGCUCUCCAAGGACCACUUCUCCAACAUACUCAACGAAGUCGCCGGCCGGACAGCGUCUCAGGUCGUGGCGUGGGUUGUUCCUCAGCUCAUGCAAGCUUGGGAUGACACCAGCAUCGACCCUGACCGACUGUGCAGUCGUGUCAUUCACGGCGUCAUGCACCACCCAGCGCAGCGUGACCAAGGCGACGACGGCGCACGAGAUGGCCGGGCGAUUAUGUUCCGCUCCGUAGAGGAGUGGUGGAAAUCCAUGGACCGCUCUCAGCAGGCCGAUUACCGGCGCAAGCUGAGCCGCGAUGGUGUCAGACGCGAUGAGAACCACAAGGAGGGAGUGCAGGACACAGGCCACGGCCACGGGUGCAGUGGCAAGCUGGGCAUGCACAAGCAGUUCGGUUCGGACGGGCCGCAGACCAUGGAGGACAAGAUCGCGAACCAAGCCGCUGGCGCCAUCAUCGGCGGCUUGACAGGCGGGCUCUCCAGCAUCAUCUCCGAGUCCACGGGCGGGAAAAUCAACCUACCCACCUCUGAACGCCCAACCCAAGGCGGCGGUCUUCUCGGAGCUGCGUCGUCGCUGCUGUCUGGAGCGUUCUCCGGUGGCGAGACCGAUACGUUCGAGUCGCGCCCGCACCGUGACACGGACGGCGGUAUCACCCAGACGAUCGAGCAGUACGGCCGUAGUGCGGACGGACGCCGCUUCGAGCAGGCUGAGCUCAUCGAGACACGCUACGACGACGGCAGGGAGCGUAGGGAGUUCCAGCGGUUCGAGCAGCGCGAAGACGGCCGCGGCCGCGAGGAGGGCUACGGUUUUGAGGAGACAGAAGAGCGACGCGGCGGGGGCCGGUUCCAGGUCACGGAGGAGAGGAGCUGGGAGGGAGGUAACAGCUUCGAAAGACGGGAGGAA